AGAAGGAGUACGAGUUGAGCUGAGGCUUCUACGAUACAUAAAACACCACACGCCCUGCUCCUCUCCUUCUUUUGUCUUACCACUUGAUAGUCAAGCGUCGCCAUUUUCCGCAGGCAACGCUCAGCAGACGCGCUACUCAGCUGGCAGUGUUUUGAAGCCAUCCAGAGACAAACAGCCAGCCAGCCACUGAUCAUAAAAAUGAGGGGCAUAACAACCACCAUCCUACUCACCGUGGCCCUUGCUGUGGCUUGGGCAGGAGAGGAAGCGACGCAAAAUGAAACCAAGAGCGAGAAGCAACAGCAGAAAGAGCGAGAGGAGACCACGGAGAAAAACUCACGCCAGAUUUACUCCUACAAUCGCGGCUCAGGAUUCGAUACUACCUUCCCUAAUGUAUAUCCAAACAAUGUCAUUCCCUCAAACAACCCUACAGUCUACAACCCUUCCUACAACCCGUCUCUCUACCCGAACAACUACUACCCCACAACCAUCAAUAGCGGGGGCGUGUAUCCGCUGAAUCCCACUCUCGGCAACGGAUACACAGACGCGUUCACCGUGCGUCGCGCCUCGCCCCGCACCACUGCAGGCUCCAGAGUGUUCUUGACGCAGGCUGUGACGCAGGGCGGAUCGGGUUGGAACGCUGGCUCCAGUGAGUUCGUGGCCACCUCUCCAGGGAUGUUCUUCUUCACCUUCUCGGCCGUGUCUGAUCGCUACUCGCACUUCAGAAUAAGCCUUCGCCAUAACGGCAUAGAGGUGGUGAGUGCCUAUGGGGACGCCUCGGGCUACCAGAUGGGCAGCCAGAGUGCCAUCCUUAACUUGAGGUCUGGCGAUCGCGUUUACCUGCAGCUGGACGAGGGCCGCCUCUACGACAGCUCCUCCUCCUCCAGAGGCUACACCACCUUUUCAGGCUUCAGGAUGCAAUAAAAGAUUUGCUUAAGUCCUUGUGAAAAAUGGAUUUUAUCACGUAUUACCGUGCGGCGUUUGGUUCAAAGCUAAUGAACCGGCAACAAACUACAGAAUUGUCAGAACUAGUUAAUGCUGCCAUUGGCGAGAUUAAUGAUAUGUUGCUCCCAGAUAAGUGGUCUUCGAUACUACAGUUUCUUUUUUUUUUCGUACAGUAGCCUAAAGUAAGGAUUGGAAGUGAAACUAUUAAUUAAUUGCAUGUUAUUAGUAAAAAUUAUCUAAUAUAAGGUCUGUGGGAGGUGGGAUCUGUAAACACUGGCAAUCUUUUCUUGUCUGUGACGGUGGUCUGGUUUACGUGAUCUGCCAUGGGUCCUUCCUCGAGACUCAGUGUCAACAAAGAAAUAAAAUCAAUGUCCAGCUCAAA